ACGCUCAUUCACGAGACUGGUCACUGGCUGGGCCUAAAGCAUACAUUUGGUGAGAUUGUACACAUCAAGGGAGAAGAUUGCAAGAAAGGCGAUGGCCUGCUCGACACCUCAUACAAGCGGCUGGAUGGGAGAGGCAUUCAAUUGCACUCAGGCGCUCUGCGAAGCACGGGACACAGGCCAACCCGAGAUCUACAACUAGAUGAGUGGAAGCCAGCCCUCCCGCAUCCAGCCCACUAUUCCACUUGUCCGGGCAGCUUAUGUGUCGCGAGCGGAUUCAAAACGAACCAGAAGGCCUCCAUGUUCGCCCACGUCUUGUACUCGCGCCGUAGUAUUAAGAAUAUCGAGUGCAAUUCCUACAAACCGGACGGCAGCGUCAGCAAACGAUCCACAAUGCAGGACCUCGUGGAUGGCAAGUGUCCUGACGUGGACGCAGCAGCCCAGGAGCUCCAGGAGUUCCAAAAUCAGGACGUCGACGAGUCCUCCCGGCCC